AUGUUUGAACCACUGUGGGCUAGUCUUCUGGGAUACGGUGCAGUAGGUUUCUGGAAGAGCAACAAGGUCCAGGCAGUGGCGGACUGGCCCAGAGAGCCGCCGGCUUGGCCAAAAUAUCCGGGGCGCCAGGUCAGAGUCCUGAAUGGCACUUGGGACUUUGCGUUUUUCGGUGACGUCGCUCUUAGUGCUGAGUUGCUUGCCGAGCCCGCUCAUGUGGAGUCAGUACCCGUCCCGGAUGCCUUCGACAUGCGGCCGGACAAGCCUCGCUGUAAUGUUUGCUGGCCCAAGUUCACAGAGGGCGCAGGCAUGGAAAAUGGCGACGAAGAGCUUUGCAGCUACUGCUGCAGCCGUGCUUAUGGCUGGCGGGGUAAUCAGGACUGCUGGAGAACUUUGCCAGAGGCAGAGCGCGAGGGCGCGUUCGAGAAGUGUUGCAAUCAGCACCCUCUGCGCCACAGACGUGGCGUAGCUAGAUACCAGACCGAAGUGCAGGCGGCCUUCAACACUUCAGUCAUCCUCGUCUUUGGAGCGUGUGCCCUGCGCUGUCUCGUGGCCGUGGAUGGAGUAGUGCUAGCGGACCACAGUGGUUUGUCGCCCUUCAGCGUGAGCGUGGCAAGUGCAGAGCGAGAGCUUCGCUCUGUGACGGUCCUUGUGGACAAUCGAUUUGACCGAGUAACUCAUCCUGUUCACCAGCAGAAGUACGAUUGGUACCAGGGAGGUGGGUUGCUGCGUGCUGUGCAGUUUCACAGCCUGGCGAGUCCACAACCAAUAUACCUGGCCGGGGUGGAAGUCUUCCCUCGGUCGCUAGAAUACGUCGAUGUGGACGUGCGCUUGUCCAGCACGCGUCCAACCACAGAAAGUUUGGAGUACCGUUGGCAGUUUGACGAUCCUCAAGAAGGUUGCAACUGGUUCGGCUGGUCGACAAUCUCUCCCGGAUCUGAAGCCCACAACGUUUCGGUUCCGAAUGCGCGACGCUGGUCACCUGAGAAUCCGGAGCUGCAUCGUUUAAAGGUUGCGCUGCUCUCCGCCGGCAAGAUGCUGGACUGCGUUGAAGUCCGCUUUGGGCUGCGCCAAGUCGCCACAUCGGGAAGAGAUAUUCUGCUCAAUGGGCAGGCGAUAAAGCUGUUCGGCUUCAAUCGCCACGACCUGGUUGCAAGCCCUGUCCUCUCGCAUGAAGAGUUGGCGCGUGACGUGCAAAUUCUCCGAGAUGUUGGUGCCAAUUUCGUUCGAGGAGCUCACUAUGCCCAGGAUCAAAGGUUCUUGGAUCUUUGUGACGAGAAUGGCUUGCUCGUUUGGGAAGAGGUCCUUGGCUGGCAGAACACUGCGCAGGACUUCGCAGAUGGCAUUUUCAUGAUGCAAAGCAUGAAGCUUGCAGAUGAGAUGGCAGCUGCAUCCGUGAAUCACCCAUCUGUGAUUUUCUUCGGCUUCUUCAAUGAAGGGCGGUCAGACGAUCCUAGCCCUGCUACAGAAGCCGCGUACCGAGGAAUGGCCAACCGCCUUCGAGAAAGGUCACGGGGCUCGCGGCUGAUCAGUUGGGGCUCCUACACCACAUUGGGUGACAGGUACCUCGACUUUGCAGAUGUAUGCUCAUUUCACCACUACCCAGCGUGGUAUCCAACGACAGCUCCUGGCAACCUUGAGGAGGUGAAGGGCAUACCGCUGUUAUGGGAGGCAUAUGCGCGCUUCGUGGAGGAAAAGUUUCCUGCCAAGCCGCUUCUCAUCACAGAGGCUGGUGCGGGCGGCCUGUUCGGGCACCAUGGGCCAAGCGAGGAGAAGUGGACAGAAGAGUUUCAGAGUCUUCUAAUGCAGAUGCACUAUGUCUCCGUCUUCACGAAUCCUAAGAUUGCUGGUCUGGCUUUAUGGCAGUUUGCCGACAUUCCAAUAGACCGCUUGGUAUCAGAUGAUGAGCACCGCCCAAGAGGCUUGAACAACAAAGGCGUACUGAGCCUUAGCAGACUGCCGAAGCUUGCGGUCCAAGCACUGCGCUUGCUGCGCAACAGCAAGCCAGCAUAUCUCGGUCUGAUCUUGCCACCGCAGGACGCUGACCGAUUGACCGGCCUGUUCAAGGUGUAG